UUAAACACCAGAGACCAUAAAAGCUUUUUUCUCAUUCAAACACUCGUUACACCAAAAAAAAAACUUACAAUGUCAAUUUAACAAGUUGGUCCAUUACAUAAUAGAGACAAACUCUUUGGUUCAUUACUCCAUUUAUAAAGAGACACCAAAUCUUAAAUACCAAUUUAAGCAGGUGGGUUUGAUUUAGAGUUGUCUACUACUCUUUCCUCUUCUUCUCAACCUCUCACACAGGCAGCAAAAGAUAUGUAUAAGAAUCAGUUGCAAGAGCUAGCACAGAGAAGCUGUUUCAGCCUCCCAUCAUAUACCUGCACAAGAGAAGGACCAGAUCAUGCUCCAAGAUUCAAAGCUACUGUAAACUUCAACGGUGAAAUAUUUGAAAGCCCCACUCAUUGUUCCACUCUCAGACAAGCUGAGCAUUCAGCUGCUGAAGUUGCUCUCAGUGCUCUCUCUUCAAAGGGUCCUUCAAAGUCUCUAACCGCUAGAGUUCUUGAUAAGACUGGGAUCUACAAGAAUCUGCUUCAAGAGACGGCGCAUAGAGCUGGUCUUGAUCUACCGGUUUACACAAGUGUGAGAUCAGGACCUGGUCAUGUUCCGACGUUCUCUUGCACUGUGGAGCUUGCUGGAAUGAGAUUUAAUGGAGAAUCAGCAAAGACUAAGAAGCAAGCUGAGAAGAACGCUGCUAUUGCAGCUUGGUUCUCCUUGAGAAAAAUGCCAACAAGCUUGGACUCUGAAAGAGGUGAAGAGAAAGAAAGAGAGGUAGUUGCAAGAGUCCUCUCAAGAUUUAGACCCAAAGAGGUUAGAAGAAGAGAACAGAACCAGUCGAGAAGAAGAGCAAUCCGACAAGACACAAGAGACAUGUUGUGUGAGAAGCUCAGAAUGAUUAAUCCAUACACCAAUGAAUCUUCAACAUCACUGAAACAUCAACAAACACUACCACCGAGACUCUGGCCUUCAACAACAAAUCUCCAACAACAAUCCAAAGUCAAAUCCUUGCUAGAGAAGUCUCAAGAACAUGCAGGGCUAAAACAGAGGAGCCCAGAUGAUGCAAAGCCAGAGAUGAUAAUAAAGUCGUUUCCUUUAUCAUUAUCAUCGUCAUCAAUGGAGAGAAGAAACUGUUACAGUAAACUUCUACCCUUCCCGGAGAGGUUCGCCGGAGGUUUUGGGUUAAAUCAUCAGAAACUUGCUCCAGCUGUUCAUAUGAGAUCAGUGAUUCCAGUUUGUUCAGCUCCUCCACCUAAACCACCAUCUCCGUUCAAUGAAUCCAACACAUCCCUUAGUUCUUGCUCUGCUCCAAGGUCGCUGGGAAUCAAAGGGCAAGAGAAGAAGUCUCUGAUCGAACUUGAGUUGGAAUCAAAAUCAGAUCGAACCCAUGACUAAAGGUCGUAUCUUUAGAUAAACCCAUGUUAAGGACUUGAUCAUAGAUUAGUGAAAGGUGAUAAAUCGAGUUAUGGGUUUGUGUAUGUUCGUCGUGUUCCUUAGACUUUUUUUUUUUGAAAAUUUAACGGCUUGACAUCAAUUCAAUGCUCUGGAUUGUAUUGCACGUAGAACAAAAAAAAAGAAAGAGAAAGAGGGAGAGAGUCAGAGAGUGAAAGAGGAGCAAUAAAUGUAGAAGAAGAAGAUGAAAGAAGAAAACAGUUAAUGGCAUUUGUUUAAUGCGCCGAUUGCUCUGCUUCUUCUUCCCUCUCUCUCAUUCAUGGCUCUGUUUUAACUUAAUCUGUUUUUGUCGUUUUAAAAAAUACAAGUAAACGGCUACGUAGCAGUAAUUAUUGACCGGUUUGAUUCUUGUUUCUAAUCCCGGUUUAUACGAACAUGUACUGCUCUGUUUUUAAUUAUCUGAAUCAUUUGAUUCAAUUGGCUGUGUUA